CCGAAGAGGAGAACAUUUGGGAGAGGGCAUUGGCGCGCAGCGUAGGAGUGUGAGCAAUUGUCGGAGUGUUUUGUCGUUUUGCUCCUGAUUGUGGGACGAGGAAGAGGAGAGAGAAGUUAUACAGAGAGGCGAAGGAGGAGGAGGAGAGAGAGAUCGAGCUGGUGAAGUCGGUGGCUAUCAUAAUGCCGUGCUACUCGCAUUCGAUGGCGGCUAUGGCCGUCUGGCUGGCGAUGGCGGUUCUUCUUCUGAACGCUGUCGCGCAUAUCGAUGCCCAGGACGCCCCGCUCGACGUGAGCAUUCGAGGUGUCUCGUUCAAAGGCACCGGAUGCGACGGAACUAACACUGUGUACGAUGUGUCCGUUGAUAAGAAGGCGGUCACUUUCAUAUUCAGGAAUUUCACGGCGAUCUUAGGAGUCCGCCACAAGAGCGACUGUGAAAUACAACUGCAGCUGGAGUCGACGGACGGCUGGCAAUUGGAGAAAGCAGAGACCAUCGGUCGGGGAUUCGCGGAUCUUGGCGCGGGUGUCGUGGGCCGCCAUACACUGACCAGCUCCAUUUCUGGACUUACCUUCGACUCGAACGCGAGCAAGAGGAUCACGGAGAUACACGGCCCUUUCACGGAUAACUAUGACGUGAGCGAGAAGUUUUUACGGCUGGGGCCCGAUUAUGCAGUCGUGGGGGGCGGUCUGGACAGUGGAGCGUGUGCCGUGGAGAACGCUGUCAACAUCAAGUCGCUUCUGAAAGUCAAGGGUCCUAAGGGAGCCAAGGGAAUCAUGAACGUCGACUCUCAAGAUACAGCGCUGACGAUCAAGUGCGUCUGGGAGGCAUGUUAAGGGUGAGAGAGAGAGAGAGAGAGAGAGAGAGAGAGAGAGAGAGAGAGAGAGAGAGAGAGAGAGAGAGAUCCGGAUCAUGCCGGGAUUGCGUUGAAGAUUCAUCCGCGAAAGUCGAUACUGAUCAAGGUCGUCAAUGUACAGCACUGAGGAUCAGAUCUCGUGCGAAGGAGAUGGUGAGUGUUUCUUGUCGGGAUUGGGAGUGAGACUGUAACAAACUGUCAGAGAAUUA